CGGAACAUCCGCUGACUAAGACCGUGAAGGCUCACGCUGGUGCACGAAAGUGAGGCUUAUCCUGAGUCGCAUCUCGUCUGUUCACCACACAAUCGCUAAUAUAAUCGAAAAUGGAGCACAAAACUACUAGAAAGAAGCAAGCGAGACGAGGAAAGGAGUGUGCGGCCUCUGAAUGUACGAAUACAGAAUAUUUACGCACUGGAAAAUCGUCUGGCUUGCGAUUUUUUCACUUCCCGAAAAAGCGUUCAUUAAUACAGCGAUGGUGCAACCUUAUCAAGAGACACAACGGUCGAGAUAGGUUCGUAGUUACUUCAAAUACUGUUAUUUGCGAACAGAAUUUUCCUGCUAGUGACAUCUUCAAACGUCCAGGAGGAAGUAGAAGUAGAUUACGUGAUGGAGCUGAACCAUCGAUAUUUCGGUGGACGUCUGGUAUCUGUAAACAGAAAAGAGCGUCACCAAAACUACGAAUCCCAAUGUCAGUCAAUUCGACAGACACCACAACUUCAAAAGUGACAACAACCGAACCAACAACCACCACAACUUCAAAGGGGACAACAACCGAACCAACAACCACCACAUCAACAUGUAAUACGACUGUAAAUAUGGGCUACGAAACCUUUCAGAAUUCGAAUGAACCGGAGGACCAGGAAGUGUUUCAUGUUGAAGCAAUUCAUUCAGAAUGCUUGCCUUCACUUAUGUGUGAUGUGUCAACCCAAACUGAUAUCUCAUGGCCUCUGCUGUCCAACUGUGCACCUAUUUCUCAUGACCAUAACUAUGCAUUUGAACUGAAUAAGUCACCAAACAACAGCACUGAGUACAUAUUGACUAUGGAAGAAAGGUUACAAGUACAGACUGAGAUGGUUGAUAAUCUACAAAAGAAAGUUGGCAACCUACAACAAGAACUAGAGGAGUACAAAGAUCGUGAAUUUAAACUGGAUAAUUUUAAAGAUGACAAUGAUGCAAUUACAUUUUACACUGGCUUUCCAAGCUAUGAGACUUUAAUAGGAUUUUAUGAAUAUUUCAAAGAAAAACUUGCAAAGCUGCAAUACUGGAAUAAAUGCAAUGCACCAGAUUCAUAUGCGUAUCAAGAAGAGGGAAGAAGAAAGCCUGGGCCAAAGCGAAAACUUUCACCACUUACUGAAUUUUUUAUGGUUUUGGUAAGAUUGAAAGUUGGUCUCUUUGUUAAGGAUAUUGCAAGUAGGUUUGGAAUAUCUCCUGGACAAUUUUCCAGAAUAUUUUGUACCUGGGUGAACUUUCUAAAGCUAGAAUUGCAGUUGGUAUUUCCCUUUCCUGCACAGUAUCUUGUAAGGAAGAACAUGCCUGAUCAGUUUAGAUUGUAUCCAACUACUCGUAUCAUUCUUGAUUGCACUGAGCUUUAUGUUGAAGUUCCAUCUUCAAUGCUUGCACAGUCACAGACAUGGUCCAACUACAAGCAUCAUAACACUUUCAAAGUAUUAGUAGGAAUAUCACCAAAUGGUCAAGUGACAUUUGUGUCAAAGCUAUGGGGUGGCCGUGUUUCUGACAAGGAAAUCACACAACAAUCAGGAGUGAUGCACUUAUUAGAACCUGGGGACAAUGUAAUGGCUGACAGAGGAUUUGAUAUUGGUGGUAUUUUGCCACCAGGCUGUCACCUGAAUAUCCCACCUUUUAAGGGCAUCAGAGACCAGCUGACAGCUGAUGAAGUCCAGGAAACAGCCCGCAUUGCAUCAGUGAGGAUACAUGUUGAGCGUGCUAUUGGUCGCAUAAAGAACUAUCAUAUUCUAGAAGGUACUUUACCUUUGAGUUUAGCACACGUAGCCGAUCAAAUAUUUUUUGUA